UUUUACGUCUUUUUUUUUUUUUUUUUUUCUUUUCCUUUCUUCUCCCAAUACAGAUCAACCCUGCUGGGCAAAGUGCUGCGGAUUGAUGUGAACAACAACGACCACGGGCCUCUGUACCGAAUCCCUCCCGACAACCCAUUUCUCAAUGACCCUAAGGCUCGCCCUGAGGUCUACGCAUACGGCGUGAGAAAUAUGUGGCGCUGCUCUUUCGAUAGGGGCGAACCUCACACCAAGGAAGGGAAAGGGCGGCUCUUCUGCGGAGACGUGGGGCAGAAUAAAUACGAAGAAAUCGACAUCGUCGAGAAAGGGAAAAAUUACGGCUGGAGGGCGAGGGAAGGGUUCAGCUGCUACGAUAAAAAACUUUGCGCCAAUUCUUCAAUAGAUGAUGUGCUUCCAAUUUACGCGUAUCCACACAAAAUGGGGAAAUCCGUUACAGGAGGCUAUGUCUAUCGGGGUUGCGAGUCUCCAAACUUGAAUGGCCUGUAUAUAUUUGGUGAUUUCAUGAGUGGACGCCUGAUGUCUUUGAAGGAGGAUCGUGCUACCAGAGAAUGGCAGUACAGUGAAAUCUGCAUGGGGACGGGACAAACAUGCAUGUUCCCUGGGCUUAUCAAUAACUAUUAUCAAUACAUCAUUUCUUUUGCUGAAGAUGAAGCAGGGGAACUUUACUUCAUGUCUACUGGCACACCAAGCGCCACAGCUCCCCAUGGAGUGGUGUACAAAGUGGUGGACACCUCUAGGAGAGCACCACCAGGAAAAUGCCAAGUUGAGCCAUCGCCAGUGAAAGUAAAAAGCAAGCGCAUCCAGUUUGUGCCAAAGGAGAAACCUCAGCUUCCAAAGAAGGAAAAUAUUUUCAUGCCACAAAAACAAUUCCUGUCCAAGGAGCGUUAUUUGGAAAAACUGGACCGCUGCAAGG